AUGAAUGAUGUCAUCAAGUUUACUCUGCUGACUAGUUAUCUUAAGGGUAAAGCACGCGAAACCGUUGAGGGUAUAGCUAUAACUACAGCUAAUUAUACUGCAGCGAUAAACCUACUGAAAACUCGUUUUUCCAACGUUGGGAAAUUAGAAGAGAACUUAAGAAAUCGGCUGUUAAGUUUACCGCACCCUGAGCAUGAUGCAGAGCAAAUGAUGGAUUUCCUUAUGAAAUGGAAUAGCAUCGUUCAUCAGUUAGACGCUUUACCAGAGACUAGACGAGCUCGUAUUAAUGAAUUACAACUAUGCUUCGGUUGUUUACGAAAGGGUCAUCGUUUAUUUGAAUGUAACAGUAAGAGUAAGACAUAUUGUUUUAACUGUAAUGGUAAAGAUCAUACAUUCCUAUGUGCUAGACUAUUACGUAAUUCUACGAGCGUCAAUGUAAAUUCGUCUCAGCAACCUUCUAGCACCAAAUCAGGUCGUAGUAUUGAUAAUAAGCCUAUAGAAACAGCUCAAUCGCAGCCUAGUUUCAGUACUAGUCAGAAAUCUGCGGCUACGAAUAAUCAGUGUCAUUCUCAGAAUAAUGUUAACAGUAAUCAAGUAGCUGUGAAAAAUGUCGCAUCUCUUCGACCAACAGCGUUACCGACAGCCACCCUUCUUUUGAGUAAUGAUGGGAAUCGGAUCCCGGUUCGAGCCUUUUUAGACAGCGGAUCUCAAAGAACGUUCAUUAACCCAGAUGUCGUUGAGAAAUUGAACUUACUGCCCAUAAAACAAGUGGAACUGACAUUAAUUCCGUUUGGAGAUAAUGUUGAAACUAAAAUGUUUGAUGUAGUAAGAGUAAUGGUUCGAGCAGGUACUAAACGUAUCAAAUUAAAUGCUGUUGUUUGUAAUCAUGUUAACACUUCCAUACACACACCUGGUCUACACAACGUGUAUCUGAGAUUGCAAGAACGAGGUGUUAAACUGGCAGAUAAGAAUACUGAAUCAGAUACCCUCAGUGAUAUAGGUUUAAUUAUUGGUGCUGAUUAUUAUAAUGCAUUUGUGUAUUGUCACGAUAAAUAUGAUGAUGUAUGUUUGCUUGGUAGCACCGUCGGUGCUGUUAUUUUUGGUCCUAUACCCAAUUGGGCUUGUAAUGUUAUCAGUGAUGAUGAAAAUGUAAUAUCUGUAAUAAGUACACAGAGUAUAGUUUGCUCGAGAGUCACUGCUUCUGCAAAUCCUCUUGACGGUGAGGAUAUUUCUAGACUGUGGUCAUUAGAUACGACCGGCAUCGGGAAGGAUGCGCGAUCCUAUAACGAUCAAGCAGCGAUUGAACAUUUCAAUGAGACUAUUGUAAAGACUGAUAACAAAUACACGAUUCAUUUGCCAUUUAAGAGCGAUGCUAGACCCCCUACAGGCUAUAGAAAAGCUUUAGGUCAACUAUAUUCACUUAAUAGAACCUUUCAAUCUAAACCAGUCAUGUUUGAUCAAUAUCUGUCUGUUUUAGAUGAGUAUGUUAAGUUAGGAUUUAUUGAGGAGGUAAAGUUAGAAGAUAACUCCUUUGAUCCAGUUGAUGGCCUUAAUCAUUAUUUACCUCACCACCCAGUUUUUAAGGAAUCUGCUACGACUCCAAUUAGGAUAGUUUUCAAUGCAAGUAGUAAUGAGUCACACCAUGCAAAGUCCAUCAAUGAUUGUUUACAUGCGGGACCUAAUCUGGCGACGACAUUGACAGAUAUGCUGCUGGAAUUUCGUCAGAACAAAUAUGCUGUAGUAGCAGACAUAAGUAAAGCUUUCCUUAGAAUAGGAAUUAAUAAAAAUCACAGAGAUUUCACAAGAUUCUUAUGGUUUGCUGAUAGAUAUUUUAAGCAUGCCAAGACUUUUAGAUUUAAGGUUUUAUUGUUUGGAGCUACUUGUUCACCUUUUCUGCUGAAUCAGACAAUACAGUAUCAUUUGCAAAACCAUUCAGAUCCCAUCGCCAACUCAGUCAAGAAGUCCUUUUAUGUGGAUAACUUUAUGAAAACUUAUGAGAAAUGUGAAGAUUUAGAACUCGAGAGUAAUAAGGUAAACCAAAUUAUGUUGGAAGCUAAUAUGCCUUUGGGAGAAUAG